CUCUCUCUAUCUCUCUCUCUCUCUCUCUCUCUCCAUUAUUCCUCUUCUCUACACGCUAUUCUCGUUCUCGGGGGCUUAUUCUCGGGUGGAUAAGUGUAGGAGCGAGGCGAAUAAGGAGGGAUAUGUUAUAUGUUAUAUGUUAUAUGUUAUAUGUGUUCGUAUACAUGUAAUACAUGCGCAUAUAUCGCAUUAAUGGAGUAAAGGAGGGGCCUUUCCAUUUUUAGGUGGUGCGGAGAAUCACAUCCUUCUCGCUUUUUGGACUAAGAGCAGAGCACGGAAUAACUAUUCCGCCCCCCCUCUUAUUCUUAUUCCCCUUCUCUUUUUGCGUAAAAAUUGGGUUUUUUUUGGUGUGUGUGUGUGUGUGUGUGUGAAAGAGAGAUGGGGAAUAAGUAUGAAGGGAGAUCAAAUUUGCAAUCGUUUUUGGAUUGCAUCACUCCUGCUGUGGAAACCCAUUUCCUCCCCAAGCAGCCAUGCUUUCGCACAUCGAAAGUUCGUUGGCGAACCGCAGAAUCAGAUACUAUUGGGUGCUUCAGCCUUGCGGAGCUCUGGGAACAGUACUAUGAGUGGAGUGCCUACGGCGCCGGCACCGCCGUGCGCCUCCCUAACGGAGAAAAAGUAGUCCAAUACUACGUGCCGUACCUAUCCGGCAUCCAAUUGUACACCGAGAAAGCGUUUACUGCGUCGAGGAGUUUUAAUGGAGAUAGCGGUGCCGAUUAUUGGAGCGAUGAUGACGACAACGCCGAGAAAGAGAGGCUGUCGAGGUCGUGGAGUGCGGUUUCUGAGGACUCGGGCUUUAGCUACGAGGGUUCAUGGGUGAAUCGGAAACGGCCCGGGCACCUGUACUUUGAGUUCUUUGAGAUUUGCUCUCCUUAUGGGAGGAUUCCGUUUGUCGACAAGAUAUAUGAAUUAGCUCAGAACUUUCCUGGACUGACGGUUCUUACGAGCGCCGAGCUUUCGCCCGCUAGUUGGAUGUCGGUUGCGUGGUACCCGAUUUAUCAUAUUCCGACCGUGCACACUGUGAGGGACUUGUCCGCGUGCUUUUUGACUUAUCAUAGCAUUUCCUCAUUGUUUCAAGAGAAUACAGCUGAGAGCGUCGGGAAAGGUUUAUGCCGCGCCAACGGGGAAGAAACCGGAACUAGACCAGAUGAGAAGGGUGCCAGGUUUUCGCUCCCUCCGUUCGGGCUCGCGACUUAUAAGACGCAGGGGAGCCUCUGGAACAAUCCGGAAACCGGAGAUAACAAGAGGAUGGUCUCCCUCUUUAGCGCCGCAGAUUCCUGGCUAAAGCAACUGGGAGUCCAACACCAUGACUUCAACUAUUUCAUUACUCACCCCAUCUGAAUCGAAAUAUAAUAAUACAGUUUGUUUUAGUCGCGUAAUCUUCGAGUCCGAAUAAGUACUUUUUAUGCGGGGAAUCACAAACCUUGUUGAUUUCCGUAAGCUAAAUUGGUUUUAUUUAUGGAGUCUGAAGAGUAGAAACAAACUUUUGUUCAGAGCUUUUCAGUUUGUGUGUAGUUAUUUCCGUAAAGCCGGAUUUUCUGGGCAAAUUUGGUGAAGGGAACUCUAACUUGUACAUAAAAAUGUUGAGAAUAUGUUAAUUUCCUUUUCCUUGUGGAGGUGAUUUCAUGGUUUGAUUUUA